UCAUCAGCUUCCCUUCCCUUCUUUAAAAAAAAUUCCCCAAAUUAAUUUUAUUCAAAAUCGUCAAAACCCUAAUUUUCUAACAAACUCUCUAAUGGCGCCGCCGCCAAUGAAAUCAAACAAGGCAGGAACGCUAAAAUCAGAGACAGACCAACAGAAUUCAUCGGAAGUCAAAGAAUCGAACAAUCUAUGGGUAGGGAAUAUAUCGAGAGAAGUAGCAGAUUCAGAUCUAAUGGAGUUGUUUGCGCAAUUCGGUGCGCUUGAUAGUGUAACGACGUAUUCAGCAAGAAGUUAUGCGUUUGUGUACUUUAAACAUGUUGAAGAUGCUAAACAAGCUAAAGAUGCCUUGCAAGGGAGCUCUCUUCGUGGAAAUCAGAUUAAAAUCGAGUUUGCUAGACCGGCCAAACCUAGCAAGUAUCUGUGGGUGGGUGGAAUAAGCUCAUCAGUUUCUGAGGAACGGCUGGAAGAAGAGUUUCUUAAGUUCGGUAAAAUCGAGGAUUUUAAGUUUCUUAGAGAUCGAAAGAUUGCAUAUGUUGAGUAUUUGAAACUGGAAGAUGCUUUUGAAGCGAUGAAAAACAUGAAUGGAAAGAAAAUUGGUGGUGAUCAGAUUCGUGUGGAUUUCCUUCGAUCACAAUCCACAAGAAGAGAACAGUUACCUGACUUUCUUGAUGCAAGAGAGGAUCAGUUUUCAGCAACACAUUAUGGAGUUAGACGACCUCAGCUACCUCAGUCUUUGGGAGGACGGAAGGACGGUCAACCCAGUAAUAUUUUGUGGGUAGGCUAUCCUCCUUCUGUGCGGAUUGAUGAACAAAUGCUACAUAAUGCCAUGAUUCUUUUUGGUGAGAUUGAAAGAAUCAAAAGCUUUCCUUCAAGGCAUUAUUCAUUUGUGGAAUUUAGGAGUGUUGAUGAAGCCCGGCGUGCUAAAGAAGGCCUGCAAGGGCGGCUUUUCAAUGAUCCUCGUAUCACAAUUAUGUUCUCAAGUAGUGGGCUGGCACCUGGGAAAGAAUACUCUAGUUUUUAUCCUGGAGUUAAAGGUCCACGGCCAGAGAUGUUUAAUGAACAUCCUUUCACACCCAUGGAUGUCAUGUUCGAUCAACCUGGGGGGCCAGGAAAUUUCAGUGGUCCAUUUCCACCUAGUGGCAUUCACAGACCUAACCUGCCAGUACGGCCUUUUGGUCCUCAAGGUGUUUUUGACACUUUACUUCAAGGUGGAGAGUUUAACGAUUUAGCUCCAUCACAUAGCACUCGAGAUCCUGCAUCUGGGAUCCUUCCUUCUCCUGCUUCUGGUAUUAGGCCAUCCAUGAGGUCAGUUUCUAGUGGUUGGGAUGUGCUUGAUCCCAGCCAGUUUCCUAGGGAGGCCAAGCGAUCAAGGAUUGAUGCCGCACCAUCUAUUGAUGAUGAUUCUUUUCCAGCUAGAAAGAUGGAUGAUCGUGAUCUGGGGUUGGACAAAUCAUAUGGGCUAGGUCCUAGAGGUGCAUAUCCAAGUCUCCAGGGGAAUAGCAGUCUUAGUCCAGUUGGUGGUAGGUUUAAGGGUCAUUUUGAUAAUGAUUUCAUAUGGCGUGGGAUUGUGGCCAAGGGUGGAACGCCUGUAUGCCAUGCUCGUUGUGUCCCAGUAGGGAAAGGGAUAGAAUCAGAGAUACCUCAUGUCAUAAAUUGCUCAGCAAGAACAGGGCUGGAUAUGCUGGCUAAACACUAUGCUGAGGCAAUUGGGUUUGACAUUGUCUUCUUCUUGCCCGAUAGUGAAGAAGAUUUUGCUUCCUAUACAGAAUUUCUGCGUUAUUUGGGUUUAAAGAAUCGGGCUGGUGUAGCAAAGUUUGAUGACGGGACCACUCUAUUUCUUGUGCCCCCAUCCGAUUUCUUAAAGAAUGUGUUGAAAGUUGCAGGACCUGAACGCUUGUAUGGUGUAGUUCUCAAGUUGCCACAGCAGGUCCCUAGCAACACAUCAAUUCAGGAACAAUUGCCUCAGCCCAUCCAUUUUUCUCAGUAUACAGACAAUCAGAUUCCACCACCAGAAGCUGACUACAAUCAGCUCCGUCAGGGGGAGGAGCGAGGUAUGCCAAUCCAUCAUAACAGGUUUUUGCAUGAGGAAUCAAAGCUUCCUCCAAAAUCAUUUUAUCCUUCGACAACAGAGUCCAUUGCAGUGCCACCAGUUCCCCAAGAAUAUGCGCCAAAUCUUAGUGCAGGACCAUCCACUGCGGGAGUUCUGACACCUGAACUUAUUGCUACUCUUGCAACUUUAUUGCCCACCAAUAAGCAGCCAUCUAGUUCAGAAAGUAAUCAACCAGCAUUGGGCUCUUCUAUUGUCAGGCCACAAUUUUCUUCAGUUGCACCUGACAGAGGAAUUACCUCUCAGGGAUGGAAGCAUGAUAAUCAAGUUUCUGGAAAUGCAAGCCAUUUACAAAUGGGGAACCAGUUCAAUUCUCAGGUUCAGGUUCAGUCUCAGUUCCAGCCUUACCCAUCUGUCCCCAACACAUAUAGCCAUUCAGCAACUGUGGUCCCUAGCAACAGUCAGAUCCAAGAUUCUACAGCCAGCCUAUCGCAUCAAAGUGUAACUUCAUCCAGACCAUUGACUAAUUUUUCUAUGCCUUCUCAAAGUGGACAAUUUGCUUUGUCCCCACAGGUUCAGGGAACGAAUUAUUCUCAGACCCAAUCAGGGAUCCCACCAUCUGCAGACAGAGGGAACUGGGAGCUCCCCAAUCAAGUGCAGCAAUUCCAACCUGCUCUUUCUGGAUCUGGGCAGGGCACCUCAGAGGUUGAGGCUGACAAGAAUCAGCGCUAUCAGUCAACUCUGCAGUUUGCAGCCAACCUCCUGCUCCAGAUACAGCAGCAGCAGCAGCAGCAGAAGACUGCUACCAACCCAGCUGCACACGGAUCUGGAAAUCAGCAAUGAGUUUGCUCUCAUCAAGGUGAGUGGGGCCCCGUUUUCCUCUCAAAGUGGCAUCCAUCCGUACAGAAUCUACCUCUAGGAUUGGCUAUUCUGCCUGUAAAUAUCAAGGAGGAAGUGCAAGAUCAAAGCUGUCUAGUGUUUGGAUUGGGUUGGGUUGACUUUGUUUGUAGUCAAUUCAGGAAUGUAAAUGGGUUUUGUCCCCCUCUCUCAACAUGAUGCCAUCAGAUUUAUUUUUUUCCUCCUUUCUUACAAUGAUUUGAUUUGUUCUAGCUGAUGCGCGCUCUCUCUCUCUCUCUCUCUCUUUGCAAACUCGUACUGGUAUGCUAUUAGCCAAAUUUAGUUCAGGAUUUAUUUUGAAUCGAUUUGAACAUGAAUUUAACUAAAUUCGAGUUAUUAUUACGUUA